AUGCUAAAUUUUAUUAAACAUCAAUAAACAACUUAUAUUAAAGUGCCUACAAAACUUAUGUUUGAGAUUGUUAAAAAUGUAGAUGAAUAUUAUCAAUUUUUACCAGGAUGUUCUUCAAGUAAAACUUUUAAUCAUAAAUCUAAUAAUUUUGAAGGAGAAUUAGAGGUAGAUUAUAAAUUAUUUAAAUCCUCAUAUAUCUCUAAAGUCACUAUUUAAUAACAUCCUUAAUUUUAUUAAAUAACUUCUAUUUCUGAAAAUAAUACAGUAUUUAAGAUGCUAAAAAGUGUUUGGGAAUUAAAAGGAGAUGAAAAAUAAUGCCAAGCAAAUUAUAGCAUAGAGUUUUUAUUUAAGAAUCCUUUAUUUUAACAUGCUUCAUCUUUAUUUUUAAAAGAAAUAGUAAAAUCUACAAGCAAUGCUUUUGAGAUUAGAGCAUAUAAAAAAUUUUAAGAAUUUUAAAAUAAUUAAUUCCAAAAAGAAAACUUAGAAGUGAAAAUAAUGGUUGACUAAGAAAAAAGCAAAAACUAUGAUCAAUUAAAUAGAUUGUUAAAUAAAAAGCUAAUAAAUGAACAACAAUUGGAUAUGGUUUUGAAGAAUAAAGAAAUAUUGACUUUGAUUAAAUAAAUGCAAAAUCUAUAUUAAGAUCAAAAUUAAGCAGAUUAGAAAUGUGUGGAGUUUAUAAAAGAGUACUUGCUAUUAUAAUAGUUUAAAAUUUGA